AUGGCGCGCGGCGGGAGAAGGCAGGUGCUCCAGUACCAGCCAGCUGCCUGCCAGGUCCCUGAGAGCACUUCCCGCUGCUGCUCAAGGGGGCCCUUCAUGGACAAGAAGUCGGCUGUGCUACGUGAGCUGGUACACACUUGACCGUUCCCAUGGCUCAGCUUCCAGCAUCUGCAGCUGGCAUGUGCCCACUGCAGCUGCCCUCUGCUGUAGGAGUAACCCAGCAUAGAGAACAGGCAGGCUGUUAUCCUGGGGUUCACUGCCAGGCUCCAUGGCCCCAAGGCUGAGGCCGCCAUGCAGGCCCUCGGCUUCCCAGUGUGUGUGGAGCAGGACCCCGACACCAUGAGCCCGUGGGACUGCACUGUGGCAUCCCAGCAGCAGCAGGGAGGCGCUGGGGAGCCUGGGCCAGUACCUGCUCGUGUGGAGUUCUGCGUGGACCUGUGUGUAAAUCGGGCCUCCUGUUCCUUCCUGCGGGAGGCAUUCUGGAGCACUCUUGGAUGCACCUGGCACCUGGCCAGCCUGCGGUCGCACCAUGUUCAUGGGGACUCACUACGAUCCUCGGUUGGUGGAGACAACUUCUGCUUCUUCUUGGCCCAGAUGGCACACUUCCCUCUGGGCAUCAGUCUGCUCUCCAGGCAACUGGACCAGCUGCUCGGUGAGCUGGCCCCUCCCCCACAGGCUUUGCAGAGUCCCCUGGAGAGCCUGGAGCUGGCCUUCUGUGCCCUUUUGCCCGAGGCCCUACACUUCCUGACCCAGAGCCCCCACGCCUCUCACGUCAGUGGCAGUGAGCUGGCUGACGACCAGCUGGUUCCCUUCCAGGACUUCUUUGAAAGUCUACACCUAGAGCUGACUGAGGGCCGGCAGGCUGACACCCAACUCCUGGCCACACUGCCUGCCCUGACUCGCUGUACUAGCUUCUACUACCUCAGCCUCUAUGGCAAGCCGCUGUCCAUCGGAGGUCCCAAGGAGCUGCUUCGGGACUCGGCAACCCAAGCUGAGCUGCGCACCUUGGUGCACCCCUUCCCCGUGGACUGCUGUGUGGGCCUGCCCUGGCCACGCCCUGCUUCCCUCCUGCUGGGGGCCUCCAUCAAUGAGGAGAAGUUUGCUCAAGUGGAGUCCAAGCUGCACUAGCUACUUUUGGCCUGAGGCCGUGCCCCUGUCUUGUGGACCACAGGGGUGCCUGCCUGCAUCAGGCCAUUGGACAAUGCUGCCAGCCUCUGUCUGCACACGUCCCCCCGGGAACCCUGA